GGUUUAAAAACGCAAGCAUGAGUUCAAACACAGCAAAUGCAAAAAGAAUGGUAUAUGUCGGUGGUUUGGCUGAGGAGGUGGAUGAUAAAAUACUCCAUGCAGCUUUCAUUCCAUUUGGUGAUGUUAUAGAUAUCAACAUACCUUUAGAUUAUGAGACAGAAAAACACAGAGGAUUUGCCUUUGUUGAAUUUGAAUUGGCUGAGGAUGCUGCAGCUGCUAUUGAUAACAUGAAUGAUUCUGAGCUAUUUGGAAGAACGAUAAGAGUAAAUCUGGCAAAACCAAUGAAAGUCAAGGAAGGGGCAUCAAGAGCAGUUUGGGCUGAAGAUUCGUGGUUACAACAACAUGCUGGAGAAACUUUAGAGAAAAAUGAUGAUGCAGAUGAUGUGGCUCAACCUGAAAACCCAGCACCUAAACGUUCUGCACCAGAUAGUGAGACAUCAACUGUACCAGCUAAAAGAUCACGUGGAAACGCUCAAGUGUAUUUAGAUAUCAAGGCUGGUAAGAAAGAUAUUGGGCGUAUUAUUAUAGAAUUACAGUCAGAAGUUGUUCCUAAAACUGCAGAGAACUUCCGAUGUUUAUGUACCCAUGAAAAAGGGUUUGGUUAUAAAGGUUCUACUUUUCAUAGAAUAAUACCUUCAUUUAUGUGUCAAGGUGGAGAUUUUACUAAAGGUAAUGGCACUGGAGGAAAAUCUAUUUAUGGUCAGAAGUUUGAAGAUGAAAAUUUCCUAUUGAAACACACUGGACCAGGUACUUUAUCAAUGGCAAAUUCUGGUCCCAAUACAAAUGGCUCACAAUUUUUCUUAACCACAGAAAAAACAGACUGGUUAGAUGGAAAACAUGUUGUUUUUGGACAAGUUAUAGAAGGAAUGAACGUAGUACGAAAAAUGGAAACUUUCGGAACUAAAGGUGGCAAUCCAACAGAAAGGGUUACAAUAUCUCAAUGUGGUGAAUUAGUCUAGCAGAUUUGUAUAUCUUGUAUUUUGUAAUUAUUGUAUGUAAAUAAAUCAUAUCAUGUGUAAAUAUUAUCAUUAAAAUCAUCUUCAAAUGU